AUGCCUAAUCAACUUCGUGAUCUUCACACAGUCGACCAAGAGUCGUUUCCUUACAUCUUCGAGCAAAAUGCAUCGGUACCGCUCAAGAGCUCUGAAGGAUGUGUUCGUGUCAACGUGUACCGUCCAAAGACCGAUGAGAAAGUGCCAGUCCUGGUAACUUAUGGUCCAUAUGGGAAAGAUAUUCACUACAAAGACUUUCAUCCCAAAUCAUUCUCCGAGGUCAAUCCCCAGCAAAAAUCCGAUCAUUCCGCCUGGGAGACUCCCGAUCCAGGCUUCUGGACCAAAAACGGCUAUGCAGUAGUUCGAGCGGACGAGAGAGGUACUGGCCAGAGUCCCGGCAAACUAGACACCAUGUCCAAAGGAACAUCGGAAGCCUUUUUCGAAGUCGUGGAAUGGUGUGCCGAGCAAUCAUGGUCUUCCGGCAAGGUCGGCCUUCUUGGGAUCUCCUACUAUGCCGGAACUCAAUGGCGUGUUGCGGCUCGUCAACCAAAAGGUCUGGCUUGCAUGAUUCCUUGGGAGGGCAUGAGUGAUUACUACCGUGAUCGAUGCCGACAUGGUGGAAUUCUCAGCAAUGCUUUCAUCUCCUUCUGGUGGAAUCGUCAGGUCGUCACGAACCAAUACGGCCGUCCGGGUCGCGCAGCAGCAAAAUGGGGAAUCGACACUAUCGAAGGCGACUUGAGCGAAGAGGAGCGGGAGAGGAAUCGACAGGAUCAGACUGUUGAUAAUGAGCAGUUCAAGUUCCGGGAUGAGGACUAUUAUGCCAGUAAGGAGUUCAACUUGUCAGAUGUGAAAGUCCCUCUCCUCUCCGUGGCGAACUGGGGUGGAAUUCUCCUUCAUUUGCGUGGGAAUGUACAGGGAUAUCUGAAUGCGGGCAGUGAGCUGAAAUACCUUCGAUUCAUCACUGGCCGGCACGAUCUCCCAUUCUACUAUGAAGAAGAGGUAGAGAUCCAGCGUAGCUUCUUGGAUGCUUUUUUGAAAGACGAUGACCGCCAAGGUUGGUCGAUCAAGGGCAAGCUUCCUCCUGUUGAUGUCGUUCUUCGAAAAGGCGAUGUCGGAUUCAACGAUGCUGCGGCCGAGAAAAUCUACCCCAGACGUAGCGAGAACGAGUGGCCCAUUGCACGAACACAGUACACCCGCUUCUAUCUUCAACCCGACCAGAGCCUAUCUACGAGCCCUCCUGAGAUUACAGAGCAGAAGAAGACGGUCUCAUACAAAGCUUUGGGAACGCUCGAAUCACCGCAAUCAGUCCARUUCACCACCCCAGCGUUCGAAGAAGAAACAGAAAUCACCGGCCACAUCGUAGCUCGACUAGCAAUUUCCGCCUCCAGUGCUACCCCCAACCAACCGCCUCCAUCAGACAUCGACAUCUUUGUCACUCUGCGACACAUCUCUCCUCAAGGAACCGAAGUCUUUUACACCGGAACAGCCGGCGACGCAGUACCUCUCACCAAAGGCUGGUUACGAGCCAGCCUUCGCAAAGUCGAGGAAAAUCACCCUCAAAACCACGAAUGGCUACCUCAUCGCGAAUAUCGCAGUACAGAUGUCMAAGAGGUCAAACCUAACACCAUCUAUGCUGUUGAUGUGGAGCUUUGGCCUACUAAUGUAGUGGUUGAUAAAGGUGGUAGAAUUGUCUUUGAGGUUUCCAGUGGCGAUACACAGGGCUCUGGGAUCUUUCAACACAAUUCGUCUGAGGAUAGGUCUGAGAAAGUCUUCGCUGGACUGAAUAAUUUGCACUUUGGUGAUGGGCACCAGAGCUAUGUUACACUUCCAGUUAUACCAGCCAAGCCUUGA